AUGGGGCCUGUGACACUCCUUCAAGACUAUCAUGUUCUGGGCAAUUUCAAGUUUUCAACAGCAUGUAGUGUACCUUCACAAGUUACAAUGCAAGAAGGCAGAUGGGUGCUGAAAACCAGAAAUCUGAUGGCAAAUGACCAGGUAGAAGCCGGUUUGCAGUACAGACAAGGGUAUAACAUGCUUAACCUCCUCAUUCAGAGAAAGCUCGCAGACGCACUACAAGAUAUAUUAGCACACAUCGGUGCAUUAGUAACUAGUAUGUGCUGGUCCUGGUACAAGUACAAGUUCAUGAGACAAGUUCGUAUGACAAAAGAUCUCAAGCACUUGAUCUACUACCGAUUUAAUACUGGCCCUAUUGGCAAGGGUCCUGGAAAUGACUUCCUUCUGGCUGGCGUGGCUAGCUUUUCUUCAUUGACCUCUUCUUACAUCAGUUUGAGGAUGCAACAGCAAAGGCAUCGCAAAGACUGUGAAAAAGCAACACCUCAUUAUGACCUCGAUUUAUGUGCAGUCACCAUGCACCGCAUUCUCGACAUGAUGUUCAAGUGCAGCAAACAGAAUAAGUUGAAGAUGAUUAUGGAGUAUCUUUCAGCCUACGGUACAUCAACAACAAGGUGUUAG